AUGUCGAAUUCUCAUAGCGACUCUUUUCGUAAAUUACGCUCUAACUGGUACCAUGCUGUCCUGAAACUUCAUGGCUCUGAUAAAUUACAGGAAUCAGUCAAAGACAACGCUAGACAGCUCUGUUCCCAACUAUCGACCCUCGAUGGCAAACCUGUGGACCCCCUUCCAUACCUUCUCAACGGCUCAAUCAAUGUUCUCACCAAUUUUCUUCUUGGCGUUCACUACAAAAUAGACGAUGAAAACUUUCAAACAGUUUCCAAAAUGACGAAAGAUUUGCUGAGAAAUCUGAUGGGCUAUGUUCAGGCGAAGAUGACCGCAUCAAUAACUCCUAAAUGGCUCAUCAGAAUGCACUGGUUCAGGAAGCUAAAGAUGAAGAUCUUCCCGAAGUACAAAGAAAUGUGCGAAUUGCUUUAUCUGAAAUUUCAGCCUUACAUUUACUCGUAUAUCAAAGAGCAUAGGAAAGGCCUUGAUGAAGAAAACUUCCGCGACUAUAUGGAUUUUCUUCUUGACUUGACUCGAACGGACUCAACAAUUGGCUACCAUACGAUCGGAUUUACUUUAGUUUCUCUGUACAUCGGCGGAACGGACACAAUAGCGAAUACAAUGCGAUGGCUUCUUAUCCAGCUUGCUCUUCGACCCUCUUUACAAAAUCGACUUUAUGACGAAAUCUCGACUGCCAAAAGUAAUAAAGGAUCGUUUGACCAAAAAGACUGUCCUUUGCUGUCAUCAGUGAUGCUAGAAAAUAGACGAGUUUUCCCAGUGGCUGACUCUUUACCGCAUCAAGUGGCGGAAGAUGUCGAAAUUGAUGGUUAUCGGUUCAAGAAGGGCGAUUUCUUUUUAGGAUCUUUGGCGAGUGUUAUGCGUGAUCCAAAAAACUUCAAAAAUCCAGACGAAUUUCUUCCUGAAAGAUUUUUGAGAAAUGGGGAGUUUGUUCACGAUCACAAGACAGAUUGUGUUAAUCGAGGAACUCUUGACAGCAUGAUGCACCUGACCAACUAUGCUAUCAACAAGGAGUCAGAAAAUUUUGUUGUCGAUGACAGCGAGGGUCAUAAAAGAAGAUUCGCUGCUAUUAAUGAAUGGCUCAGGGAAAACGGACACGAUGUUGGACAAGUCUGGAGAGAGAUCGACGAUGUUAUUGUUAAAACAUUAAUAUCAGCGCAAAACACGCUGCAGCACAAUUACAGAACAUGCUUUGCCCAUCAUUCGGAAAAAUCAGCAUGCUUUGAAAUUCUUGGAUUCGACAUUAUGCUCGACAAGCGCCUGAAACCUUGGGUCAUCGAAGUCAACCACACUCCUUCCUUUCACACUGACAGUCCGAUGGACAAAGAAAUCAAAGAACAACUCCUCGAAGACUCGUUCAAACUUAUUCACGUAAAAGCUUCUGAUCGUGUCGUCGCGCUGAAUGCGGAGAAGAAAAAGUCUCAAGAUCGUCUUUCAAAGAAAGAACGACACAAACCUGACAUGGAUCGUUCUGAGAAACUCGCGAAACGUGCUCUCGCUGAUGCCGUUUGGGAAUCUAAGCAUCUUGGCUAG